AUAAUUUCAUCUUUUUCCAACAUUUGACAACAGCAUAUGCUCAAUCCAAUAUUUUUGUGUUUUCUAUUAAUGAAAAUCACUUUUAAAUAAUAAGAAUACAUUUUUCCUCAGUGAAUCAGAUAUAAAAUGAAUGGAUGCAAGUAACUUGUCUCCGUUUAGCGCAAUCUCAUUUCAAGAUUUUCAUGUCAAAAAGAAACAUAUUUUCGAAACAAGAAUGUUCUUUCUUUCCUGCGUAAGUUUUACCGCUUGCGUUUUUCUGUGCGCCUCCGGCCUUAUACCGAUUCCCGAUCUGAUAUCUGUCAUCUAACUUGCACUGUUAAUUAUCUCCCGCAGCCUUCGUCGCAAAGAAUCCGUUAAACUCGAUACUCGAGUUUCACAGUUGCUACUUGAGACGCAUUUCGGUAUUGAAAGCCUCCCAAAUGCUCGCGAUCCGGCGGCCCAAAAGUUUGCCCGAUAAAUUAUAAAUACACGACAAUUAGCUCCCGCUGGCUACGACGCGUUCCAAUUACUCAAUUUCGUUAGAGAUCUCCGCGCGCGCUAGUUUUUUUUUCUUACCCUGCCGACACUCUUGGUCGCAUAAUACGUAUUAUCGAUCUGAUACUUAUUGUUUUAUUCAGGUUGCUCGCGAGAUCAAUUGAGAUAGAGGAUCAGUCGACGUCGCGGGUAAUGACGGCUCUCCUUGAGGGGGCCGAGCGAUUGGCCGAGCGAUUGAACGGGUAUCGGAUCGCACGGGCGCGGUAACGUCUUCCCGAUCGGAGACGAGUGAAAAUAGCCGGUCCGGAGGAGAUCGGUGCGGCCACUGGCUCGUCAUAUAAGGCAUGUUUUCGCCGGUAUGCCGUCAGUUCGAAAGUACAAGCUGUCGCGCGUGGAGGAGAGCCGCGUAGAUGCGCGCGCCCGCGCGAGUGAAUAGCGCGGCGGAGAAAGGAAAAUCCGGGGAGGUUCCUUGCAUAGACGACAACAAAUUCUAUCGAAAUCCCAAGGCAUCGGCGCACAGCGUCUGGUCACCUGCGGAGUGCGCCAAAUAUUUUCUCUGCCUAGACAAUGAGGUGUUCGAAUUCAAGUGCUCGCAGGGACUCCUCUUCGACGUCUCCAGGCAGAUCUGCGACUUUAAGGCGAACGUAGACAACUGCGACGUAACUUCAGAUGUGCAACCGGCGAAACCGCUGCUGGAGAACGGCGAGUGCGAGGAGAAGAAUCUGGCUUGCGGCGAUGGCACGUGCCUUCCGGCUCUCUACUUCUGCGACGGGAGCGUCGAUUGUCCUGACGGCUCUGACGAAGGAUGGUGUGAUGCGCUACAUGAUACGAACGCCGCGCCGGUUUGCGACCCGCAGAGAUGUCGACCACCGAAUUGUUGGUGUUCCGAAGACGGAACCCGAAUCCCGGAUAAUCUCACCGCUUUCGCAGUGCCGCAGAUGAUAACGAUCACAUUCGACGACGCCGUGAAUGCUGAAAAUUUCGAGCUCUACUCAAAGAUCUUCACAGACGAUAGGAAGAAUCCCAACGGCUGUCCUAUAAGAGGUACCUUCUACAUAAGUCAUCAAUAUACGAAUUACAGGGAUGUGCAAUAUCUGUGGAACGUCGGUCACGAGAUAGCCGCGCAUUCCGUUACGCAUCGUGGACCGGAAGAAUGGUGGUCGAAAAACGCGACGAUCGAAGACUGGUUCGACGAGAUGGUUGGGGUGGCGAACAUCAUCAAGAAAUACGCGGCAGUUCGUAUCGACGAUAUCAAAGGGGUGAGAGCGCCAUUUCUACAGGUCGGAUGGAACCGCCAAUACCUGAUGAUGUCAGAAUUUGGCUUCGUUUACGAUUCCUCGAUCGUCGCACCGUUCUCCGAUCCACCGCUAUGGCCGUACACGUUCGACUACAGGCCGCCGCAUCCGUGUGUUCGCGUGGGGCAACUUUGCCCGACCCGUUCCUACCCGGGUAUCUGGGAGUUACCGCUAAAUCAACUCUUGGCAGGUGACUACACUUGCACUACCGUGGACUCGUGCCCUUCCGAUUUAUCCGGCGAGGAGGUCUAUAAGAUGCUCAUGUUGAAUUUCAAGAGGCAUUAUCUCACCAAUCGCGCGCCUCUGGGCUUACAUUUUCACGCAUCGUGGUUCCAAAAUGCAAUGUACUUCUAUGCAUUUAAUAAAUUCGUCGACGACCUGCUACGGCUGGAUGAUGUGUUUUUCGUCACGAGUCAACAGGUUGUGGAGUGGAUGCGUAAACCAACGUCUCUCAGCGAAAUCGAGAAGUUCGCACCUUGGCAAUGUAUGAAACGGCAUUUCGAGCCGUUUGAGGUCGCCUGCGACUUACCAAACAGUUGUAAACUACCAAGUAGAGUGCUCAAGUCAUACAGAUAUUUGCACACGUGUUUUGAAUGCCCAAAACAAUAUCCAUGGUUAAGAAAUGAAUUUGGAAUGGAGUGAAGGUGGCGAAUAUACAUAGGA